AUGUCGUCGUAUCGGCAGGAGUUGACCAAGCUCACUGGUUUCGCGCCUGAGGAGGGUCAUAUAUGGGGACAGAGUCGGUUGUUGAUGUCUUCCAUCUUCGAGCACUUGCGCCUCAUAGAUAUGCAACAUCUGAUUACAGAGGACACACCUCAGGCUGAUGUUGACCAUCGUGCUCAUCUGUACCUUCUUGUUAUAUUCGGGGGCAUCAUGUUCCCGAACACAUCGGGUUCGCAUGUGAGCUUGAGGUAUUUGCCCUUUCUGGAGCAUCUGGACGAGUUGGGAUGUUACGGUUGGGGCACUGCUAUUCUGUCUUUCAUGUAUCGCGGAUUCUAUCGAGCGUCUGUUGGCGUGAAGACCGAUAUCGCUGCAUUGUGCCUGCUCCUCUAG